CUGUGUCCUUUCUACCAUGGCACCUAAGAAAGCCAAGAAGAGAGCAGAAGGUGCCAAUUCCAACGUGUUCUCUAUGUUUGAACAGACCCAGAUCCAGGAAUUUAAGGAGGCCUUCACCAUCAUGGACCAGAACAGGGAUGGCUUCAUCGACAAGAAUGAUUUGAGGGACACGUUUGCUGCUCUUGGGCGUGUGAAUGUGAAGAAUGAAGAAAUUGAUGAAAUGCUCAAGGAAGCUCCAGGUCCAAUUAACUUUACUGUGUUCCUAACGAUGUUUGGGGAGAAACUUAAGGGGGCAGACCCCGAGGAGACCAUUCUCAACGCAUUCAAAGUGUUUGACCCCGAAGGCAAAGGGGUGCUCAAGGCUGAUUACGUUCGGGAGAUGCUGACCACACAGGCAGAGAGAUUUUCCAAAGAGGAGAUGGACCAGAUGUUCGCUGCCUUCCCCCCUGAUGUGACUGGCAAUUUGGACUAUAAGAACCUGGUGCACAUCAUCACCCACGGAGAAGAGAAGGACUGAGAGGGGCUCGUCACCCAACCCCGGGCUUGUCU